GCGCAUGCGCAGUGCUAGUUUUUUUAGCUGAAUCAAUGUGGGUCGAACAGCGGUGUUUCUGAUCAACCGUAGAUCUUACAAUCUACUUCAAGACUUAAUUUAGUAAUCCGUUCGUUUUACUGAUUUGAGGCAGACUGCAAACAUGACGAGCAGCUCAAAGCGGAAAGAAGAGAUGCACGUGGCUAACGGAGGAGUUAAGCUGUCCACAUGGAGUAAAGCUAUCCGCUGUAAAGCAGUGUGGGACGAGAAGGAUGAGUUUUUAGAUGUUGUCUACUGGUUUCGACAAAUUAUUGCCAUCAUACUGGGGGUAAUAUGGGGCAUUGCACCGCUGAAAGGGUUUCUGGGAAUAGCAAUAUUCUGUGUAAUCAAUGCAGGAGUUCUGUAUGUGUACUUCAGUAGUUUCCAGCAGGUAGAUGAGGAAGAGUAUGGAGGAACAUGGGAGCUCACCAAGGAAGGCUUUAUGACAUCAUUUGCUUUGUUCCUGGUGGUUUGGAUAAUUUUCUACACAGCACUACACUACGACUGAGGAUCUACAGGAAACCCAUAGAGAAAAACAGACAUUUAUUUAAUGUUAUUCAGAAGGGCUGAAGCGAGCUACUUGCGCAGUGGUAUAUGUUACCAGCAGGAUGGACGAGCCUUGAAGAUUAGGUGCAUAGUGGGUACAUGUUAUUAUCCUUUCAAACCCAGGGGUCAUUUAAUUUUAAGCUAAUAUUGUCCACUGCACUGCCAUGGCUAAAGGGUUAAUACUGUUAUUUCUGUUUGUCUUUUUUUGUUUCAACGCCAUUGUAUCAAGUAGGAUUUAACUUAAUUUUAUGUUUCAUGAUUAGCUUCCAACACAAAUUGUCUUUCUCUCUUAAGACCGGUUAAUCAAAUAAGCAGACUGUAAAUUCUGUACAAUUUCAUUUUAUUGAAUCCACGAUGUAUUAAAGUAUGCAUUUCUGGUCGAUGUAACACUUCUCAGUAUUUUAUAGUGUAUUCACUGAAAAGCGAAUGUUCUGUAUGCUUGUUAUGAUUCAUAAGAUAUAACUGAGGCAGUAGAGAGACUAUUUUCAGGAUGAAUUGUUUUGAAGAAUAAAAUAAAACUUGGGUAUUGUUUGCCCCACUGUUUUUAACCAA